AUGACCUCCGAAGACUUCCCCUUUUCUACCGGUAGCGAAGUGAACCUAUCUCUCUCCGACGGCCGACAUCUCACCUUCACCAUCCUCAAACCCUUCGAGCCCUUCGAAAAGGGUGUCGCCCUCCUCGCGCGUUGUCACUGCGAUACAUUCUCUCCCUCCACUACGACUGUCAUCCUCAAAAUCUUCGACCCGCGAUUUCGCCACGAACGUUUGGAAUACAGCUAUUGUCCGGAUUGGGUACUCGAAGUCGAGGAUGCGGCGCUGGAUGAUUGUGAACCCUUGAGGUGGGGUGAUAGUGGGCAUUGUGGUGUCCCGAAAGAGUUAUGGGAAAUGGAAUCGGACGAGGAGGACGGGGACGAGAAACGGGCGCCUAUGGAUGCGCAUGCUGUAGCGCGGCUCGGUACGCGUUGGGAGAAGCACCUCCAGGACAAAUCGAAUCUGUCCUUCGAGUCUGAGCUUCGGGCGUAUAGGUGCCUGAAAGAGUUGCAGGGGACAUCUAUACCGCGGCUGCUUGGCGUUGGGCGAUACAUCCCUUCAAUGACUGAAAGAAGAUUGAAGCCUCACGUACUCGUGCUCGAGUACAUCGACGGCACCAUAGCUCGAUACGCGCCACCCGAAGCAUUCACCCCGCCCAUAGUCGCCCAGCUCUACCACGCCCUCGAACGCAUCAACGAGCUAGGCGUCGUCCACAGCGACCUACACUGGGGCAACUUCAUUAUCACACCUUCACGAGGCGUAGUGAUCGACUUUGGCGAGGCGGUUCUGAAGGAGAAGUGGGACGAGAGCGAGGAAGAGUGGGAGGAGUGCGUGAGGUGUUGUUGUGAGCCUGUUGCUGUUACGGCGCUGGUGAAGGGCAAACGCGUUGAGUGGAGCGAGGAGUUUGGGAUGCCGGAGUAUAAGCUACAACCAGUUCGAACGUCCGUCACGUAG